GACUGAAUGCCGUCACGGACCGCUGCCAGAGUCCGGGUGACUAAGGAGAGCGGCGGAGACGUGAGGAGACCGGCGACACCACGUGACGAGGAGCGGAUUCAGAAUGGCCUUCAUCUUGAGAGAAAGUGCCCGGUGGAUGCCCGCCACGUCCAGACUAGCCAUCAGAUCGAUCAGCUGCUCCUCUGCGCUCCAGUCUCCAGCCGUCCAGACUAAGACUAAGAAGACCCUCGCCAAGCCAGGUGUGAAGAACGUAGUGGUGGUGGAUGGCGUCCGCACCCCAUUCCUGCUCUCAGGAACGACAUACGCGGAUUUGAUGCCGCAUGACCUGGCCAGGACAGCGUUACAGGGUCUGCUGAACCGGACGAACAUCCCCCGCGAGGUGGUGGAUUACAUUGUGUACGGCACCGUCAUCCAGGAGGUGAAGACCAGCAAUGUGGCUCGGGAGGCUGCGCUCGGCGCCGGAUUCUCAGAUAGAACCCCGGCUCACACAGUCACCAUGGCCUGCAUCUCCUCAAACCAGGCUAUGACUACAGCUUUCGGUCUGAUCGCCUCAGGUCAGUGUGACGUGGUGGUGGCCGGCGGCGUGGAGUUCAUGUCCGACGUCCCCAUUCGUCACAGCAGGAAGAUGAGGAAGACCAUGCUGAGCCUCAACAAGGCCAAGAGCCUGGGGCAGAGGCUGUCCGUCAUAUCCAGGAUCCGGCCCGACUACUUUGCCCCAGAGCUCCCGGCAGUGGCUGAAUUUUCUACCAGCGAGACGAUGGGGCACUCCGCAGACAGACUGGCAGCCGCCUUCGCCGUGUCUCGCGUGGAACAAGAUGAAUACGCCCUGCGCUCUCACACCCUGGCCAAGAAGGCACAAGAUGCCGGGCACCUGUCAGAUGUCCUCUCGUAUAAAGUGCCAGGUAAAGACACCAUAGAUAAAGACAAUGGCAUCCGCCCGUCCUCCAUGGAUCAGCUGGCGAAGCUGAAGCCGGCGUUCGUCAAACCUUUUGGCACAGUCACCGCCGCCAACUCCUCGUUUUUGACUGACGGAGCCUCGGCAGUGCUAAUCAUGUCCGAGGAGAAGGCCCUGGCCCUGGGCUACAAGCCUAAAGCCUACCUGCGGGACUUUGUGUAUGUGUCACAGGACCCAAAAGAUCAGCUCCUGCUGGGCCCGACCUACGCUACACCCAAGGUGCUGGAGAAGGCUGGCCUCACCCUGGCUGACAUUGACGUCUUUGAGUUCCAUGAAGCCUUUGCUGGCCAGAUCCUCGCCAAUCUGAAAGCAAUGGAGUCCGACUGGUUCGCACAGAACUACAUGGGACGAAAGACAAAGGUUGGUGCUCCCGCCCUGGACAAGUUUAACACUUGGGGCGGCUCGCUGUCAUUGGGGCACCCGUUUGGAGCCACAGGCUGCCGCCUGGUUAUGGCUGCCGCCCACCGGCUGAAGAAGGAAGGAGGACAGUACGGACUGGUGGCGGCGUGUGCAGCGGGAGGACAGGGCCAUGGGAUGAUCGUCGAGGCUUAUCCCCAGUAACGCGACCCUCCGUAACGGUCUCAUCGGAAACGCCAGAGCUAUGCACUAUUAACAAUGAAUGUCUCCUGCCCAUUUUGCAGCACUGUAAAUAAUUUCUUAGUUGCCUUGUAUGCAGAUGUGGUAACAAGCGAGUGGUUUGUGCUGUGCACACGGCUCAUCCCUCUGGCUCUUUUGGUAAUUACUGCACUUGGGGUUCAGCAGGGGCCCAUGGCGGUUCCCUGCUUUCUUAGUGAGGACACGGCACUUAGGGGUGUGCAGACCAUGAACUAGCUGAGGCUUUCAGGGGUUGUCAAAAGAAAACCAGAAAAACCACUUCAGUGACUGAGAGGUAAAGUCUGAGAAAGUGUAGAGAAGCCAAAUUUUACAAGAAUUAAUACAAAAAAAAUAAAAUGUAAAAAAAUAAA